AUGUGUCACUCUCUCUCUUUACAAUCUUCACUAGACUUCCGUUAUCGCAGCGCCCUUAAAGUCCACGGAGAUCGACCAAUCUUGACUUCGAACCUCGGCUUCCCAAAGCGAGAUCGUCGGGGAAGGUUGCUCCUCUGCCGCAGUGGAGGCGUCGAAUCAUUCAGAUUCUUCGGAAACACUUCCGUGGAUCUAUGUCGCCAUCGAUUAAGAGUGGACUGCAGCGAUGCCCGCCGUACGCCGGAAGAUACAUCGGCGGAGAUAGAGCAACCUAAUUUUUCGGAGUUUAUAACAUCGGAGAGGGUGAAAGUAGUCGCGAUGCUCGCGCUUGCCUUAGCGCUAUGCAAUGCGGACCGCGUCGUGAUGUCAGUUGCGAUUGUGCCUCUCUCUCUUUCUCGAGGGUGGAGCAAGUCCUUUUCCGGUAUCGUUCAGUCAUCCUUCUUGUGGGGAUACCUAAUUUCACCAAUAGCUGGCGGAACUUUAGUGGACCGUUAUGGCGGUAAGGUAAUCAUGGCGUGGGGAGUAGCUUUGUGGUCCUUAGCUACUUUCCUUACCCCUUGGGCUGCUGAUACUUCUUUGUGGGCUUUGCUUGCCGCAAGAGCUAUGGUUGGGGUUGCUGAAGGAGUGGCCCUUCCUUGCAUGAACAACAUGGUUGCAAGGUGGUUUCCUCCAACAGAACGUUCUAGGGCUGUUGGUAUUGCAAUGGCAGGGUUUCAGCUUGGGAAUGUUGUUGGACUCAUGUUGUCUCCUAUUCUCAUGUCUCAAGGCGGUAUAUAUGGCCCAUUUGUUAUUUUUGGGUUAUCGGGUUUCCUGUGGAUGCUCGUUUGGCUCUCUGCUACGUCAAGUACACCAGAUCGACAUCCUCAGAUUACAAAGUUUGAACUCGAGUACAUAAUGCACAAGCAGCAACCAUCUACUAGGGUGAACAAACGAAACACCACGGGAGUAAUCCCUCCUUUUAGACGCCUACUGUCCAAGAUGCCGACUUGGGCUGUUAUAGUUGGAAAUGCCAUGCAUAGCUGGGGUUUUUUUGUGCUUCUUUCAUGGAUGCCGAUCUACUUCAAUUCAGUAUAUCAUGUGAACCUCAAACAAGCUGCUUGGUUUAGUGCUGUUCCAUGGAGUAUGAUGGCUUUUACAGGAUACAUUGCUGGUUUUUGGUCGGACUUGUUGAUACGACGUGGUACAAGCAUCACUUUAACGCGGAAAAUCAUGCAGUCCAUAGGUUUCAUUGGUCCUGGGAUUGCUCUCAUUGGUUUAACUACAGCAAAACGACCUUUAAUAGCAUCUGCCUGGCUAAGCUUAGCCGUUGGGCUUAAAUCAUUCAGCCACCUGGGGUUUUUGAUCAAUCUUCAGGAAAUUGCUCCAGAAUAUUCCGGUGUCCUACAUGGAAUGUGUCUUACCGCUGGGACAUUGGCUGCAAUAGUUGGUACAGUUGGAGCUGGUUUCUUUGUAGAACUAUUGGGAUCCUUCCAAGGAUUCAUCCUUCUUACGGCAACUUUAUAUCUCCUCUCUGCUCUCUUUUACAACAUAUAUUCAACUGGAGAAAGAGUAAAUUUUGACGCAACAGGUUGA